CGACUUUUGUAGCAGUUUGGUCGUGUAGUAUUUUCACUGUCACCGGCAUGUCAGGUACUUCACAAUCUUACCGAACAAGUUCAACGGUGACUCAUCGCUAUAUUAAGUUGGAAAAUCACAGUUCAAUUUUACCAAGGAGAAGUGAAAGAUUGAACCAGUCCCUAUGAUCAACGCGUUUUGUUUGACAGAGACGACACUGGUUAUGGUUACUUCACUUGCCUGGAUUCCUUAUAACUCGUCCGUCCAUAUCAAGAUUCAUUGACUGGACGGUCUCAAGGUUAACACUCGCCAUCGAAAACAAGAUGGGUCGUCACCAUGAUCUUUCUGGUGACAUUGACAACGACGAUGACGUGAGAUCGGGAGAUGGUCAACCUAGCGAUGGCGGCGAACUUAAUGACCGAGAAAUAAUGAUCAUAUUAUUCACAAUACUCGGUGUUGUCUUAGUGUUGGCUGUUGUCGUCUUCGUUCUGAAGUAUGUAUGCCGAAGAUGGUUCGGCAGGACCUGUAGGAUAAUCUGGGAGAGGGAUAACCAGUCCUCCACGGCCGUGGGCAGUGACAUUGAGGGUGUCAUAAUAUGUGAUUCCCAGCCCAGAGGUGGCAAAAUGUCGGAAGGUACGGACUUUGCCUUGUUUGGCUCCAACGGGUGCUUCACUCCCACGCCAGAUGAUCCUAUUUAUACAAUUCCAUUCUCCGGACAGCCAAGUACUUUUAACAACUGGGAGUUCGGUGAAAGGAUCCAUCCCACAGCCGGAAAUACAUUCCCUGGCCAGAACCACUACACCUACGACGGACAGCUCAGAUUACCACCAAGUUCGUCGUCCGUGUCGAUUAAGCGGGCGGGUUCCGCAGAAGUUUUCCAGGAAGAUCAUCGGCUCGAGGAGCUCCACAGAGCCGGGAUGACGCAAAGCGAGACCAUCAUGGUAGGCGGCAAACUAGUAGUGUUCAUCUCCCGUGAGGUCAGUCAUCUUGGUGACACCCUUGUGCUGACAGACAUGGGCAUUUCCCUGACAAUCCCACCCUAUGCGAUCGAGGCCGGCUGUACCGAGCUCAUCUCCCUCAUCCUUGACUGGGAUCUUGGAGACUUUCCCGGCAUGGCGGACGAGGAGACCAUCAUCAGCCCCGUUGUGCACUGCGGACCUCAUGGACUGAAACUGAACAAACCCGCUGUGUUGAGUUACAAACACUGCGCGUAUGACCGCGGGGACGUGGCCUUGGUGGCCAGCGAGACACACCUGAUGCAGACCAAGGAUUGGCGGCAGGUCUGCGAGAGAGACGACAGCAACAAACCGUACAAUCUCUUGCCGAACGAAGUACAGAUUCAGGUGUCUCACUUCACACUCUACACCUGCCUGGCCGAAGGAAAAACUGCUACCAAGAAGUGGAUGCAGCUGGCCGUGUUCGGCGGAAGAAUGCGAGCCAAACGUCGGUACGAGAUCCGAGUCUACUUUCUGAACAACACACCGUGCGCUUUGCAGUUUGCCAUCCAGAACGAAGCCAAGAAUCACUUCCGGCAGUUGUGUCCCCGCAAGGAGUUCCUGUUUCACGGUGACGGAGAGGACAUCGUAGCCAUGAUUCAACACGUCAACGAGGGAUGGUCGCACCGACUUGACGAUCGGCAGGAACUGGUGCCGUACUUGAGCUUGUGGCACGGAAAAUGCCCCAAUGUCUCCUUCAUCUUCAAACAUGAGAACGAGCACGUGCGAGACAUCGACAUCAGACUUGCAGUCUACCAGCGAGGCAGGGAGGAUAACGAAUCAGAGAAGACAACAUUGAAAGUGCUCGCGUCCAUGAAGUCGGUAUCAGCAAGACAAAAUAUUGAUAAGAGCACCGGGAACACUCAGGCGGUAAUUCACGUGUUCCCGCCAAGUAGGCACGGAAAGAGGAGACGGUUCCAGAGUGAAAGCAGCUCGAGUAGCCGAUCAGACAGCUUCCGUUCAACGUCUACAGAAUCUAGUACCACUUCUGUAUCCUCCAACAUGUCCUCGUGUUCAUCACAUCCCACUUCUGACACCAGUGAAAACGUAGACGUAACUUGUAAACCCGAGGACCAAGGCAAGCAACAAAGUUGCAUCCAGAAUAUGCAGAUACACAUCCACCCCUCAUCUGCAGGUCCUCUUUGUGUCUCCACCCAGCGAACAAUUCCCCACGAACUCUGCAUGGAGCUGGUCUUACUCCUGGACCCCCUAGCCCCCCUAGGCAACGACUGGCGCGUGCUGGCAUCCGCCUUGGAGAUGGACUCUCUAAUUCCUCUUCUGAAGAACACGCCGACGUAUAACCCCACCGAGACCCUCCUGGAAGAAGCUGAACGCCAGGCUAAGAGUCUAGAGUGGAUGGCUUCGGUUAUGAUGAAAGCGAAGAGACUCGAUGCGGCAAAUGUCAUCAUGAAGUAUGCAAAUAAACCGGACAGCACUUGCAUACAAAACGAAUCCUAAAACUUUGGAUGCCACACGUCAAACUUCUUAAACUUAACAUGCAUUGUAAAAAAAUGUCUAUGCUGGCAGUGUGGAAAUUACGCCACAAAGGGCAAGGGUUGUGCUUUGAAAUAUAGAUGAUCCAUGCUUACAGACUCAUAAAUUGUGUAAAGUAAUUAAUUAUCAGGAGGAAUUGUGCAUUUAUAAUUUGAAUCUAAAAACUGUAUAUCGGCCACGCCUGUGUGUAUUAAAAAAAAUAUGUAAAUAUUAGGGCCUACAGGCGUCGCACAUUUCAAAUGAAAAAAAUUGGCGUGCCAGCUAGAUCUUGUCAGAUGUGGACAAUAUAAGGCUGUCGGAUUUUGGAACCUGAAAUGUUUGCGAAGCUUGUGUUUCCGUAAAUGCGGAGCUUUCAUCCGUAAAUACGGAGCUUUCAAUUCGAAAAAUAUCUCUUUGUACAAUUUUUGUUUUAUUGUACUGUUUUGUACACUGUUUACGUUCUGUAUAGGAUGUCAGU